AUGGCGGUCAGUAUGGAACGAAGUUGUAACAACUCGCGUUCUAGCGACGAUAGUAUCGAUUUAGAUUUGUCUGCUGGCUCGUCAACUUUCGAGGAUAUAGACAGGGAUGUUCAGUUUGGUACCCAGCCAUAUUUAUUUGAGCCAGAGGUCGAUAUCGACGAGGAGGCGAACGCUGGAGAUAGCCCUGUGAGAAGCCCAUCGGACAAUACAGACCGCUUGGGAAACAACGAUUGGUGCACAUGUGGACACUGUCCCCCAAUGCCUACAGUAACCGAAUCAGUAUGCUGCAAAGAAAUCCCACAGGUGGUAUCCGUACUCGAAGAGGACCCAGAGAAAAUUUGUAUUAUUGAACAUCAUGGAUUCCAACCUGUUUGUAUCCACCCAUCUGUCCUGCGUACAGCUUAUUUUGCAUACAGACAACAAUACGAGGAGCUGCCAGAGACAAAUGGGCGAAUGCGAUAUAUAGGUUACAGACAAUUAGCUCGGUGGUGCUGGGGAUGGCUCGGGAAACAAGUGCGGGUCCCAUUACCAGCGUGUGCUGUUCACAAGAUCAGAACCACCUAUCCCGAGGAAAAUGGUCAGUACCGAGGAUUUAGUUUCGUCUGAACCUUGUUAGAAGCUGGCCUACAGCAACAUCCUUCUCUGGGUGGACGUACUGGUGACACAAAG